AGAGAACCGAUGUGGUAUUGUCAUGAGGUGCCUGCGCAGCCAUAUCAAAGCGAGCACCGUGCUGAACUCAGCGUCGCCAGUGUCAUGCAGAGAUGAGGCCGCUCAUGGUCCCAGAUCCGCAUUGCGCGUCGUGCAACGGGACAUUUGUAGAGAAGCUAGAGAACCCGGAGGACGACCCGCGCGAGUUCCAACACGUACACGAUGGAUUCGCCGAUGACGGACUGCCCCCCAACAUGGACGGCUUCCUUACUGGUCUCCGUGCUCUUUUCCAAGGGUCCGAGCCAGAACGGGCUCGGUCAACUUCACCCACUGCAUCGCAAGGAAAUCGGCUGGAUGGUCCUGGCCCUGGUGCCGGUAUAAUAGGUUCGGGUGGCGGUAGAGGGCUCACCAUACAGAUACAAGGCUCGCCCGAUGGGCGAUCGCGUACGAUGAUUUUUGGUGGUAGAGGAAGCAGGCGGGACAGCCAGGGAGAAGGGAACCACCCCCCGCUGCUGUCAGAGUUCCUGAGAGGCCCGCCUGGUCCGCAAGACAGCGGCCCAGGGAUCGCCGGCCCUCUGAUGGCACAGUACCUGCUCGCUAUACUGGGCAACAGGCCAGGUGCUGGUGGUAUGGAUGGAUUCCCCCCCUUCAUGGGCAUGCCGGAAGGCGCAGAGAACGGCCGAUGGGGAGACUAUGUGUUCAACCAGGAGGCCUUGGACCAGAUCAUCAGCCAGAUCAUGGAGAACUCGAAUGCUGGUCGUCCGGUACCCGCUACAGAACAGGUCAUGGAGAAGCUCCCAAGAGAAGUGCUGGAGGAAGGCUCACCCCUGUUGGAGAGAGACUGCGCUAUUUGCAAGGACCAGUUCAAGACUGACACUGAGGAUGCAGACGAGCUCAUUGUCGUUACGUUGCCAUGCAAACAUCCGUUCCACGAGCCAUGCAUAAUGCCUUGGCUCAAGGCUAGCGGGACAUGUCCUGUCUGCCGGUACCAACUCGUGCCACAGCCCGAGCAGCACGGUCCAGGGUCCCCACCACUGCGGGGAGCAACAUCCAGUCGGCCUGGCGGCUCGUCAUCGGCAUCUCCACCAGGUGCCUUCCCGGGCUCCUCAUCGAGCCCUCCGUCAAGCCCUCGUCAGAGGCCGGCGUCCCCCGGCAGCUCGUCCCACAACCGUAGUGGUUCCGGCGCCGGGGCGUCAUCAUUGCUGAGCAACCUAUUUGGCAGCCUGGGGCGAGGGAGCGGGCACCGCAGGAAUGAUAGCGGAAGCAGCACGCAUGGCGAGGGCGCGAACUCAAGCUCGAGUCCGAGAGACCACAUACCGGGUAGCUGGGGCGAUCCUGUUGACUGAGCGCGUAGCAUGAUCAUUAUGUAGGAAUGGAAAAGAAGAAGUAUCAAGUGUCAGCCUCAGGCGUCGCAGUUGUAUCUGGUUCAUCACGAUUUGUAUCCCCCGCGUACAGUGGCCCUCGGAGUGUAUCUAAUUCUGUAGCUGAAUAGACUUGUUGUUAUGUUGCAGGCGGAGA